AUGGUUCUGUGCUCGGCGGACGCCUUUGUCCUUCUCGUCGUCCCCUUCAUCCACGGCUCCAGGCCAGGUCCAGGGGCUCAAUCUCUACGCGGGAGAUCCCGUGGUUCUCAGUUCGGUGGAUGCGGGGAGUACAAUGAUUUCUUUGUCUACAGGGCAGGUCCAGGGGCACCUUCUCUCUCCCUUCUCCCUGGCGUCGACUCCUACCGCUCUCCCGACUACGUCACGCUGGCCGGCGUUGUGCCCCUCGGCGGCGCCGAUCUCAACAGCAAAGACUACACCGUGGUCUUUCCCUCGCUAUCAAAAUUUCGCUCGCGAUACACCAACGACUCUACUAGGAAGGAGUACGACCUCUACGUGUAUCGCUCUGAUAUCUCUGACUGGCAGUGGCACAACAUGGUGUCCAAGAAGAACAAUUCCGAGGUAAUUAUGCAGCACGAAGGCACCCGCGUGACCUUUGCCGGAAGGGGAACACUCGGCUGGGUCAAUCAUUGGCAUGGAAUUCUUCUAUGCAACGUGCUCGACCAGUAUCCGGUUAUGCGUUUGAUUGAAUGGCCUGUUCCAUUGCCUUGCGAUCUGGUGUUGCGGUUUGGCAUGGGAGUCGACAAUAUCUACGCACGGCCGUUCCGUGAUGUCACUAUAAGCAAUGGCGUGAUCAGGUUCGUCGAGCUGAAAUCUUGUCGGUGUAGCGAUACCCGUAAUGAGAAAGGGGUCAUUGGCCAAGGUUGGACGGUCACCACAUGGAACAGGGAGAUCUCCUCAAAUAAGUGGCAAAAGAGGUUCACUGUCAAGGCUGAUGACGUGCCUGUCACAGGUUCAAGUUACCCUAAGGUAUCGGGUGACAAGAGGUUGAGCUGGGACAAAAUGGUUCAUGGUGGGCCCACUCUGAGCUUGUAUGACGACGAUGUUGUCUACAUCAUGGCUAGACUAGACAUCCGCCACCCAGUUGCAUGGAUGCUUGCCAUUAACAUUAAAGAGAGAACACUGGAAGCGGUCAAGCAGUGUUCUGCUGAAAAGAUGCUUGGUCUUGAACCGACUUAUGUUCAGUGUGCCUUAUCCAACUACCUCAUGUAG